GUCAUGUGUCAUUCGAUAAAUUUUCCUUCGUUGACGUAAAUAGAUUUCCCGUACUACUCGUCUACUCUAGCGAAACGAAAAAAUUAAAUAUAGCGAUAAACUAUUCUUAGCGAACCUAAACAUCAAUGUUAAUGUUAAUUGGCUAUGUAAAGAUAAAUGUAAUAAUAUCAUAAUAAUGAUACAAUGAUAGCAAAAUUUAUUCGCGAAGUAUUUUAUGAGGCUUAAGUUUAUUAGUCGCGGAUUUCGGUUUGCUUCGGGGAAUCUGUCGAAAGUAAUGUCGUUUUCGGAGCCGCCCGCGAAGGCGUCACUAUGCUGCGAAGAGACCCAGGAGGGUGCUCCGCCGACGUACGCGAUGUACGAGGCGCUGAAGGAUUCGUGCCAGAACAAUGCCACAUACUUCCAGCCCGACGAUAGUGAAAAUGGUCAACGCCUGUACCAGGGCUUCAUGACUUUACUGGAUCACAUAGACACAGUUUGGCCGCUUGUUGAUCAUGUGCGAAAGGUGGCGCCGCAAUACGACUUCGACGCAAAAUCCCCCGGGAACGGUUAUCGCAGUUUUGUAUCUGUGGUCGACUCGUGUGUGCUGUACGGAUUAAAACUGAGCCGGCAAGUAUCGACUGGCAGAGACGCGCUGCUGUUCCGCAAAGGGCACUUUGUGAAGGAAGUGGAAUCAUGUGGCCAACUCCUCGCAUCCCUAGGGACCUGUCUGCACCACCUACACACGUUGCUAACAUGGGCGCCGCCUGGAGAACUUUUCCCGACCGAACCUCACACGCCCGAGGAACUGUUCGCUCAAGCGGAUACGAUCAAUCAGUAUUGUUUUUAUGGAAGAUGUUUAGGGUUCCAAUUUCUACCGUCGAUGCGCGGAAUACUAAAAGGUAUAUCUAUAUGCAUGGCGGGAUUCUCGGAAGCGUAUUAUUGUCAAGGCAACCUGAUCAGCUCGGUGUGGACUGGAGGACAGUAUCUGAUAGACCCAGAGAUGAGAGCGAGACGGAUCGUCAACAUAUCGCAGUCGGCAAGCAUCGAAUUUUGCAAAGCGUUCUGGUUUUUGGCUGAAAGUGAGAUAAUGAAGCGCGUGCCGAGUCUGAUGUCGUCUACAGUGGCGGUGAACAAGCUGAUCACCAUCCCGCCGGAGCCGCUGACGGUCACAACCGCCGAGGGCAAGGAGACCACCGUCCUACCACCCACAGUGCAUAUCGGACUGCAAGGACUGAACGUUAGGUUGAUCAGCGUUAACAAGAGAGUUGGUAUGGGUUCGGACCGUUCGUCCUCAAUCCCACCAGCGGACGGCGUGCUAUUCCACUGUCACGGCGGAGGGUUCGUGGCGCAGAGCUCCAAAUCCCACGAGACUUACCUGCGAGACUGGGCGGCUAAGUUGAAUGUACCCAUUCUGUCAGUGGAUUACAGCUUGGCCCCACAAGCGCCCUUCCCGAGGGCUUUGGAAGAGGUGUUCUAUGCGUAUUGUUGGAUGCUGAAUAACUUCAAAGCUAUCGGGACUACGGGUAAACGCAUAGUGUUCGCGGGCGAUUCCGCCGGGGCGAACCUCGUGGCGUCAUGCACCCUCAAGAUAUUAAACUCCGGUCUCCGCAGACCAGAGGGGUUGUUCCUAGCGUACGCUCCGUUGAACGUGAGCUUUGUGCCGAGUCCCGCGAGAUUACUGUGUCUCAUGGACCCCAUACUGCCCUUUGGGUUUAUGAUGAGGUGUCUCAAAGCAUACGCCAGUCCAAACUCGAGUGGCAAAGGCGACAAGCACGGCAGCCAGACCGCCAUAAUGAGCGCCACCACGCCGCCAGAUAGCAACGGCUUUCUUAAAGUCAGUCCAUCACAGGAAGGUAUAAGCGAAGGUCCAUCGUCGUUCGAGGAAGUGUCGCCGUCGGACCUGGCGGAGCUGCAGGCUCACAAGUCCGGCAGCGAGCGCAGGAAGUCCUCCGACACCACCAUCAGCGCCGCUUCCUUGCAGAGCGAACACACUGCCACCGGUAUAACCCCACCAGAGGAUAAGUCGCAGAAGUACGUUGCAGACUUUCUAGAACGUUACGUGUUGGACAGCGACACGGACUCCGAGGGCAGGCGGAUACCGGUCAUCAAACCUAACCACGAGGUCAUCGACGAGGUGCAAGGGGAUCAAGAAUCGGAAGCCUCGAGCACGUUAGUCGGUGAAACUCCUUUAUUAGAAGAAUCUGAGCAGACUGCUGAACAAAAGAAAAGAAUGAAAUCAAGGAUAAGCGAAGCGGCGACGGGUUUCAUGGGCGCGAUGCAGUCGCGGCUGGCGUACAUCACCGGCUCCAACGCCAUCGUGCGGCCAACACAGGAAGAGCUGUCGGUGCGCAGUAACCUGGACGCGUUGAUCGCGCGGAGCCCGUCGGACGAGUUCAUAUUCAGCGUGCCACGUGAUCCAUACCUGUCGCCCUACUGGGCCGACGACCGCCUGCUCAAGAUGUUCCCGCCCGUCAGAAUACUCUCCGUACAUUUGGACCCGUGCCUCGACGACUGCGUGAUGUUCGCCAAGAAGUUGAAGAAGCUCGGGAACACAGUCAGUAUUGAAGUGUUAGAAGGAUUGCCGCAUGGGUUCCUUAAUUUUUCACUUAUGGCUAAGGAAGCAAACGAAGGCUCAAAACUGUGCAUCGAGCGUAUAAAACAGCUGCUAGAUUUGGAACAAGUGGCGCCAUCUAGCGAGAACGACUUAUGAAUGUGCGGGCUGUGCUGCCGCGCCUAGACUGUAGCCUACAUCCGAGCCUGACAUCCGGCCCGAGGGACGGUCGGCGCCUGCGCAUCGUAGUGAACACGUGGACUUAGGCGGUGCACAAAAGUGUACGUAAACUAUUAGUGAAAUUAUUUAUGUACGUAUUUGGACGGCAUCACAAUGUUCGGGUCGGAAAGACCAUAGAACAUAUAUAGUACCUUCAGAAAUGAUAGAUCGAAGGAAGGUAUAUAUUAUAUAAAUAACGUUUGGUUUAACAAAUCGAAAAAUAAAAGUACUAUAAAAGCAAAAAGUUGUAACCAUAGGACGCAGCGUGUUCGGAAAAAAUAUAUUUUUUUUAUUUCGUUGUCUUUUUCAACAAGUGCACCGUCAAUAUGAAAUUAAUUAUUUACUUUAUUUAUUAUGUUUUUAAUAUAAUGGAAAAUUCAUCAAACAUGUACAUCAGGCGCUGACUGUCAAUAAGCACUGAAGUGGUGCGAUCAAUAUGUAUUGAACGAUGUGUAUUGCGAGUUACCUAUUAUAUACAUCUUCGUAUAUUUAGAUAAUAUAAUACGUAUUUAAAAAGUGUAUCAAUAUUGAACAUUUUUAUGGGCUCUAUCCGCUAAAAUGUUCUCUCAUUGUGAUGCUGCCACGAGCGUCACUCUAAUUGGCAUCGCUUGAAGAAACUUGCAAAAAUUUAUUGCGCGAUUUAAUCUGCAUACAAUUAAUUGAUCGUGCUUGCGUUAACGUUUGUUCGUAUGAUUCGUUAAAAUAUGCCAAUAUGAACACUGAUACGUAUACAAAUAUACACAAGAUGUGAAACUGGCUGUAUGUGAUUAAUUAUUUUACUUUAGUCAAGUUUUUUAUAUAUUUUUAUUGAGGGUAACACCGGCCCUUUCAUACGAUGCUUAUUACUCUAUAGCCCGUCCACAGAUGGCCUUAUAUCCAGUAAUGGACAAUGUGAAGCUAACGCUUUUAUAUGUAGUGUCUAUUUAUAUACAUCUUAUAAUGCCCUGUAGUUGAUUUCAGACUCUCUCUUUUCAAUAAUCCCAAUAAAAAUGUUCAAUAUAAUAUCGUCCUACUUGCGUCGCUAUACGACGUUUAUGUGCACACAUAAUGUAUAUCUGUAAAUUUAUUUCUAUAUCGAAAUUAGCGUAUGAAAUGCUCAUUUACCAAUAAUUUUAAUAAACGAUCGUAUUCGCGUAUUUUCGAACGAAAAUUGACCAAUCAGAAUAAAGUAUUUUUGACAUUACAAAUAACUGGUUCUAAUUGGUUCAUUCUCGGGAUCAGAGAUUAAGAUUAGGAUCGUUUAUUGAACUGCCGUUAAAGGAGUAAAAUAUUUUAUUUGUACGUCAAGACAACGAUACCACGCCAUCCGUAAUGUUAUAAAAAUGGAAUACUCGGGAAUACAAACCAAAGUAUGUUUGAAAUAGUGUUUAAAUUUAUGCUCAAUAACUAACUACAUUUGCCACCGCAGUCUUGCUUUGAAAAAUAUUUUACACUUUUAAUGAAAGUAAAGACUUCUGUAUUGUACGUCUUGGAUAACAUAUAUAAAAAUAUAAUGCACUGUUGGCGGAACUAUAUCCAAGAACAAAAAACAAAGAACAAACAAUAUUAGAAACAAUGCCAAAUUAAACAUGAUCCAUUUCUUAUGAAAACAAAUGCGUGAAUAUUUAAAAAUGUUUUUUAAUGUAUUUAUACCAAUAUUAUACUUCUUUUUAGUUUUCACAGUCUACAAUUCUACACCAAAAUGUUUGUUAUCCGUUAAGUAUUUUCUCGACACGCCAAAGAUUUUGUAAUCGCUUUAAUUUUUGUAACAUCUUUUUCUACCUCUGAAAAGAAUUAAGGACUAUAUACAUAUAAGGGCGUACACGCAUAUACGCAUUUAUACUCUUAAAUAUACUAGAACUAAUGCCUCAAAAGUAUAUUAUUGGGCCAUACGCCACUAUAUGUGUAUACCUUUACAUAAAGGUCGGGAAGUGUAACAAGGAAAUGAAGUUAUUAAGUCACGUUUAAAAUGACAAUUUAUAAGCGUAUAUUUUAAAUAUUUCGAAGCGACGUAAUUAAUUAUUCGUGUUGUAGUCGAAGCUUUACGUGUAUAUAAUUUAUUGUUGUAUUUGUAAUGUUAGUGGUUGUGUGAUUUAUUAUGUGUUGUGUAUUUUCAUUAAUUAUUUAGUUUAGGAAAGGAAUGGGAAGGCUCGUGUAAAAAUAGGCCAUCGCCAACGGAUGCCGAGGCCAGGUGACAAUGAAAACUCAACCUUUUGAUUUUUGUUAUACAGCUAAUAUUGUGACAAAACCCAAGAAAUGCGGAAGCGGUUCGCCAGUUUACUAUUUACCAAUAUAAGACGUAUGAAAAAAAACUUAAGGUUGAUUAUCGUUGUCGAUUUCUUAACAUUUUAAUUAAAAAUAUUAGAUUGUAAUUUUGCUGUAACUCGAAAUUGUUUCGUUAUGUCUAACUCGAAUAUAACUAACUAACCAGUAGAACACUCAAAUGUUCCAAACACACGAUUGUUGUCACACUAAUAUUUUGUGCCGGCAAAAUAUAUUGUAUGUUGAAUAUAUUGAAAGCAAUAUCUUAUAGUAGCAGUCCUACAAAAAAAAUUUACUGCUGGGUCCAAAUACCUCAACCAUUUGUGACACCAUACUUGAACACAACUAGUUUGACCCGUUGCUAACUUCAAGUAACCUCUAAAUAAGAAAAUAUCUGAAUAUAGUGUUCAUGAGUGGUAUUUGGUAACACUAUUUUAUUAUGUAUUGUUAAUUUAUUACUAUAAUAACCAAUAAAUCCCUAUACUAAGGGAACGAUGGGGAAGUGUGGCAAAAAAUAUGAAUAUUAAAAUAACAUUUAUUUUUAUUAAUUUAAAGUUCUACAAGCCGGGUGGAUUUUAUUUGAAUGAAUUUAAAAUGUGAACCUAUACAGUAUACCUUUCAUACCGUAUAAUUCCUUCUCGAAGUAUUUCAUUGCCAAAAUGCAUAUAAUCACAACGGUUUCCUCUGUUAAUACUGGAAGCUUAGUUAAAGGCUUGUGUAUAUUCUUAAAAAAAUCAAUGCAUUUUAUAACAUUCAGUUCCUAAUAAAUGCAAAUACUUAACAUCACAAUGUUUUGAAAAUUUCAACGUCACGCUAGAUAAUUUAGUUUGAAUUUAAUGUAGUAACCUUAGGUAUUAGUAGAGUUACAUUAAUGUUAUAUAUACAAAAAGAUGGAAUGCUCAUCUCUGUUAACAAAGCUAUGGUAAACAGCAUUGUACAGAUUGGCAAUUCAAAAGAAAAUUUAUUAUUUUUUGAUACUUUUAAAUUGGAAGUAAAUCCUAAAUGUUAAAAUGUAAUAAUGUUUGCCAUGUUUUUUCUCUAACGUUGCUACCUAGAUGGCUAUUAAAUGCCAAAGAGUGCGCAUUUUUUCUUAAAUUUUCUUGAUCAUUCCGUCUUAAACUUCAAUUGUCAGAUCUUAUGUCUUUGUUCGUGAAACUUAUUUAUUUAAUUUAAUAGUUUAUGUUAUAUUAGAUGUGCUAGUUUAGAAUGUGUGUGAUAACUUCGAACAUUUUAUAAAACUCACUUGUUGUAUUUCAAUAACUUUAAUAGAUUUAUAGAAGGUAUAGCCUUUUAUUACCUAUAGUGAAAUUUUGUGCAAAUAGCUCUUGCAAUUUAAUAAGUAGUCAAAUUAACCGAAUUGUGUACAAUUGGCAAUAAAAAUUAAAAUGUAUAAUUGUUGUUACAUGCCCAUACUCCCCCAAAAUGUCAUAUUAAGAAUUUAAAAUCUUAUAAAAUGGAAUUUAAAAAAAAAUUAUGGCUCACUAAUAUCAAUGGUUUAUAGUUUGAACAACCAUAAACAAAAAUCAGUGCAGAGAACUAACUCAUGGCCUUCGGCAUACGACGCCAUCGAAAUCAUAAAGAUUUACAAAAAUUUAAGCAUGGUAAACUUUUUAUUGAAGAAUUUUUAUUGCUGAUUGUGCUGCAGAUUGAUGCUUUAAAUGAUUUCGCGUUAGUUUUUAUGUAGGGGUCCAUGAAGCAUCGGUCGGAAGGAGACUAAUGCAUAUCACAGCGCCACUCACCGCUGACCUACGCAUUAUACAAGUACAUUCUAUAUGCAUUACUUAAAUAUUAUAAUAUUUUUAUAGGUGAAUCGCAAAAUGAUUUUUUUCUUUGCAUCUUUUAUAUAUUUUUUUUAUAUUAUGUACUUAAAAAAAACAAUGAUGAUUAAUUUAACUUUAAUUGUAAAUAAUUUCUUUAAGAGUUUAAUUUUAUUUACCGUUCAAUAUUAUUAAAUAGUGUUCUCCAGAUUUAUUUUAUUAUACGUUGAUGUAAAUCCGACAAGGCCAUUACUUACUGCAAGAAUACAAUUAUUUUAAAAUAUCUAGUUACACGCAACCUUGUGUGCGUGUUGUAGACAUCAUAAUCUAAUAUCGGCGAGGUCAGAUGUGUGUGCGCGCUUUUGUUGCGGUCGCUAUUAGAGGGUUAAAUGCAAUAUGUUAAAUGUAUCUGUGAUAGCGAAUUGAAAUGCAUUGAUAUAGCUAACAGUAUUCUAAAAUACUAAACAUAUAAUAUAAAAUAUAAAUAACAUCGUAUUGAAACGAUUCUUAUAUCUUUUCGUGUAAAGGAAAUGGAAUAUAAUGUAUUUAAAAUAAUAUUUUUAUAGAAUAACUGAAAUUUAAUUCUGUAGAAAAUUGUAUUGCAUAUUGUAAUUUAUUUAUGAACAUAUGAAAACUAGGCCUUGAAAUAGACACUAUUUAGAAUAAUCAAUAAUCACAAUCGAAAUAGUUACGACCAAAGGUUGUAUAGUAACCAACUAGUCAUACGACAAUAUUGUACAAUGUGUUUUAUUUCAAUAAACUAAUGCAAUUAACUGUGUUA